AUGAAACUUCUACAGGCUGGUGUAAUCUAUGCGAUUUCUGAUAGUAAGUGGGUUAGUCAUGUUCAUGUAGUUCCUAAGAAAGGUGGCAUUAUUGUGGUCGCUAAUGAAAAGAAUGAAUUGAUACCUACUAGGACAGUAACUGGUCACCGUUUCUUUCAGAUUCCCAUUCACCCAAACGAUCAGGAGAAUACGACUUUCACGUGUCCCUACGGGACUUUCGCCUACAGGAGAAUGUCGUUUGGGCUGGUCCUUCAGCGGUGCGAAGAAAAGCAUCUCGUGUUAAAUUGGGAGAAGUGUCACUUCAUGGGGAUCAAUGUGGACAAAGCAAAGAUAGAAGUAAUGAUGAGUUUACAGCCUCCAAACUCUGUCAAAGGAAUCAGGAGUUUCCUCGGACAUGCUGGUUUCUACAGAAGAUUCAUCAAGGACUUCUCCAAAAUCGCAAGACCACUCACUAGACUGCUCUGCAAGGAGACAAAAUUUGAGUUCGAUAGCGAUUGUUUAGGCGCUUUCCACACGAUCAAAGGAGCUCUACUCAGCGUACCCAUUGUGCAACCACCAGACUGGGAGCUUCCUUUCGAGAUAAUGACUGCCGCAAGCGAUUUUGCGGUUGGAGCAGUGCUCGGCCAACGAAAAGAUAAGAAGCUUCACGUGAUCUAUUAUGCAAGCAGAACACUAGACGAAGCUCAAUGUCACUACGCAACUACAGAGAAAGAACUUCUGGCAAUUGUCUUUGCCUUUGAAAAAUUCAGAUCUUACCUUGUUGGCUCCAAGGAUAAAAAGGGCAUCGAGAAUGGUGUCGCAGAUCACCUCUCCAGAAUGAAGAUAGAUGAAGAAACAGCCCUUGACGAUAGCCUUCCUGUCGAGCACGUCUACUCGAUCAGUCUGCGAAGCAUCACAGAACAACCAACCCGACCAGAUUGCUCCAACAUUCUGGAACACCUUGUUUGUGCGAUCCAAAAGCAAUACCCCCAUCUCCCAUGGUUUACUGAGAUUGCCAACUAUCUGGCCGCCGAGAAAAAACCAGUCAAAUUCACUGGCAAUGAUAAACGGAAAUUUCUAAGAGGCGCAAGACACUACUAUUGGGAUGAACCAUAUUUGUACCGAAGUUGCAAGGAUGGAGUAUUCCGACGGUGUGACUCAUGCCAGCGCCAAGGGAAUAUCAGUAAGCGGAAUGAGAUGCCUCAGAACUUCAUCUUGGAAAUAGAAGUAUUCGAUUGUUGGGGGAUUGAUUUUAUGGGACCAUUCCCACCAUCCUUCAAGAACGAAUACAUAUUGGUGGCAGUUGACUACGUUUCUAAGUGGGUGGAAGCAAUAGCCAAUCCCACAAACGACGCAAAGGUGGUGACUAAAAUGUUCAAAACCAUAAUCUUUCCAAGAUUUGGCGUACCACGAGUGGGCAUCAGUUAUGGGGGUAGUCACUUCAUCAACAGGAUUUUUGCAGGCCUAUUGAAGAAGAAUGGCGAGAAACACAAGGUAGCCAUGCCAUAUCACCCUCAAACAAAUGGUCAAGUGGAAGUUUCAAAUAGAGAGAUCAAGAGUAUCCUGCAGAAGACAGUCAACACCAGUCGCAAGGAUUGGUCACUCAAGCUAGACAACGCUCUCUGGGCCUACAGAACAGUCUACAAAACACCAAUCGGGACCACUCCCUACAACCUGGUGUACGGUAAAGCUUGUCACCUUCCGGUUGAUUUGGAGUACAAGGCAGCAUGGGCUGUGAAACUACUCAACUUCGACAUCAAACCAGCAGCAGAAAGACGAUCCAUGCAGAUCCACGAGCUGGAAGAAAUUAGGCAUCUCGCCUAUGAAAGCUCAAAAAUCUACAAGGAGCGAACUAAGGCCUAUCAUGACAAGAGGAUCAUCAGAUGA